AUGAUUUCCGUUUACACGAACCGACGAGCUACCGUACCGCCGCACGAGUCGAACACAAGGACAAUUACCGUACGUCUCCCCGCACCGAAUUCCAAGCUCCGAUACCCACUGGGCCCAUACGGUACUCAGGACCACCCAGUAACAACCCCUCUGACCGGCCCCGACCGACGUGUUUCAGAUGCAAACAACCUGGGCAUCUCAUGGCAAGCUGCCCUCUCAACACACAUCAGACCCCCCAGAAUUAUAACUACCCCUAUGGAGGAAUAUUUGGGACCGCUCCACGUAGCUGAUCCUGUAUAUGUCGCUUCAGAUAAUCGCCAACACCACCGGUAG